CACGAUAUCUGUUAUUUUUGAAGUUGAAACAUUCCCAACUGCUAAUUGGCAGUGCCGGGGCCACUAAAUCCUGCCAAGAUGUGGGGGCUUUUGCGGCUACUUUUCACGCCGUCGUGUCGCCAACGUAGUUGGCUGUCAGAGAUGCGCAGAUCGCCGGAAUUCGUGACAGAGAACAGUGUCACGGGUUGUACAUUAAAGUUAUAUUUUUUUAAGGGAAUUAAUUAUUUUUUAUUAUUAUUAAUGGUUUAAUGACUGGGUUGUACUUUGUUGCCCACCUGUUACCUAAUUUUAUAUUUAAUUUUUAAGUAAAGUAACUUUUUAAGAUCAAAAGUGAUACUUAGAUCUAAAAGAUACAAUAUCUGUUACUAAAAGAUAUUUCAAAAGACUAUAUUUAGUACUAAAGAUAGAAGACUGAAGAAAAUAUACUAAAAGAUAGUUAAAAGAAACUAGUAGAUAGAUAGAUUGAUCUUAUAGAUAGUAAGAAACUAUUUUACUCCCUGAGGUUAUUAUCCGUAUUUAUUUUCUUUAAUAUUUAUUUUUUAUUCAUUUCAUUUUCAAAGUUUCAUUUUUAUUUUACUUUUUAAAUGUUGAUUUUUAGUAAAAUCAGCACUUUUUAUUGUUUUAUUUAUUUAUUUUUUUCAUAAAAACUCUAGAGCAUCUCUAGAGGGGAGCUAUUUUGUGCCACUCACCCGGCAACGCCGGCAAGCAGCUGUUCGCUGCCAUUUUACUCCCGUCCGGUGCGCUCCCUCGCUUAUUUGGCCAUUUUCCCCCAUUCUCCACUCUCCACCAACACGCUCUCACUCUCACUCUCUCCAAGCAUGCCCCCUCUCCUCAUUCAUGUGUUUUUGACACGUUUGCAACUAUUGGUGGCCUGUGAUGUGUCCGGAUUCCCUGGUAGGGACUCUUACCAAUGGCCAUUCCCAUCCCAGAUCAGAUCCGGCCUAAAUGGGGCUACCUGGCAUGGCAACUUACUGAAGCUCUCCGGCAGUUGUAACCGCUUUGAACCCGAUUUCCCUCUCCGCGGCAGCCAAACUUCAACGAAAAAAAUGUAAAGCAGUCGGAACGGAAAGUCUGCGGCGACUGCCAGCACUUCGAAAAACGCGCGAUCGUAUCUCACAGAUACGCUCUUUUCACUUUUAAUAAGUUUGUGUUGGAAAUCGUAGUUAUGGAGAAGAAUGGUCAAAAAAAAACUGAUCCCGCUGAUAGCUGGGAUGUCGAAGAGGAUGCAGUGAUCACACCCGAAGACGAAGAAGUCGAGGAUGCGGAGUUUACAGAGGGCGAGGCCACGCCCAAGGUGUCCAAAAAGAAGGUGGUUAAAGUGGAGGAGAACAGAAGCAAGCGUGAGCAUGUGAACGUUGUCUUUAUUGGCCAUGUUGAUGCUGGAAAAUCAACAAUCGGCGGACAGAUUAUGUCGCUCACAGGCAUGGUCGACAAGCGAACAUUGGAGAAGUACGAGCGGGAGGCUCGCGAGAAGUCGCGUGAGAGCUGGUAUCUGUCAUGGGCGCUGGACACCAACCAGGAGGAGCGCGACAAGGGCAAGACUGUUGAGGUGGGACGUGCCUUCUUCGAGACAGAUCGCAAACAUUUCACCAUCCUGGACGCGCCCGGUCACAAGAGCUUUGUGCCGAACAUGAUUGGCGGUGCGGCGCAGGCCGAUCUCGCGGUGCUGGUCAUCUCGGCGCGAAAGGGUGAAUUCGAGACAGGUUUCGAUCGUGGCGGCCAGACCCGAGAGCACGCCAUGUUGGCCAAGACGGCCGGCGUUAAGCAUCUGGUCGUUCUGGUUAAUAAGAUGGACGAUCCGACGGUUAAUUGGGAUCAGACGCGAUACAACGAAUGUAAAGACAAAAUACUACCAUACCUCAAGAAGCUGGGUUUCAACCCGGCCAAGGACCUUACCUUCAUGCCUUGCUCGGGCCUCAGCGGCUACGGCCUCAAGGAUCAGAUUUCCGAGACGCUGUGCCCCUGGUAUCGGGGGCCUGCCUUCAUUCCAUUCAUCGAUGAACUGCCGUCACUGAACCGCAAAUCCGACGGUCCCUUCAUUAUGCCCAUUGUUGACAAGUACAAGGACAUGGGCACUGUUGUUAUGGGCAAGGUGGAGUCAGGAACGGCGCGGAAGGGUCAAAAUUUAUUGGUGAUGCCAAACAGGACGUCUGUGGCAGUGGAUCAGCUGUUCUCCGACGAUUAUGAAGUCACAUCUGUGGGUCCCGGCGAGAACGUCAAAAUCAAACUGAAAGGCAUCGAGGAAGAGGAUGUUUCACCUGGUUUUGUGCUCUGUGAUGCCACAAAUCCCAUCAAGACGGGAAAAAUCUUUGAUGCUCAGGUCGUAAUCUUAGAACACAAAUCAAUUAUCUGUGCGGGCUACUCGGCUGUUAUGCACAUACACUGCGCCGCCGAGGAGGUUACAGUGAAGGCCCUCAUUUGUUUGGUCGACAAAAAGACUGGCGAGAAAUCAAAAACACGUCCACGAUUCGUUAAGCAGGAUCAGGUCGCAAUUAUGCGCAUCGAGUGCUCCGGAAUGAUUUGCCUUGAACAGUUUAAGCUAUUCCCACAAAUGGGCCGAUUCACGCUCAGAGAUGAAAAUAAAACCAUUGCUAUUGGCAAGGUACUAAAGGUGGUCGAAUAAAUUGAGCCAAGCUAAAUUCAAGCGCCCGCCUUUCACUGCGAUUUUUGAGCAUAGCAUUGCACGCCAGACGAGAGACAACAGAAACAGAAAUGCCAUGCCACGCUACGCCACGCUUUCUUCAUAAUUGACAACCACUACUCACUCACAGAACCACUCACAGAAACACCCAACAGCAGCAAGAGCAGCAGCAGGAAACACUCACUCGGACUCCUAUACACACAUAUGGUUACUUUACUUUAUAUACCUACCAGGCAAUAGAAAUUUAUACACAUUGGUUAGAGAGGAAAUCGGUUAGGUGUCGACCAGGAAAAAAAAAUAAGAGAAACCGAAACGUAACUGAUGGCAAUGUAGGUAGUGUGCAUUAUUAAACGGGCAAAUUGAAAGUUAGUUUACUACUCGACCGAGUAGACGGGGCGGAGGAAAUGAAAACAGCAGCGCAUUAUAUACAAAAUAUUAACUAUAUUAUGUGAAAACUAUACAACAAAAUCGGAAGCCAAUGCGAAAUGAAGAUGGAUGUACUAUUUAUAUAUAUACACAACAAAAAAAACACUCGUACGUAUAUAAAGGAUUAUGUAUGCAAGAGCGAACGACAGUCGAUUGGAGAGGAGCCGAAAUGAUAAUUGAUAAUGCACGAAUAGGUUACAUUUAUGAUUCCGUUUGUUGAGGAGGCCUAUUGUCAAGGAUAUUGAGGAUUAGUCGCCGCCAUCGGUAUACUUUCGUUUAUUACUUUUGUAUAAAAUGUAAGAGUUACAUGCCCCAAACACACACACAUGCCUAAAACUACAGCUGCAAGCUAGCCCCCAUUUUUUGUAAUCAUAGAAGUGAAAAGCAAGAAGCUGCCAGGCUCCGCCGAGAGGAUCCAGUUGCUCCUUUCCCAUUCGACUUCCCUGUAUGCGCCUUUUAAAUUGCAAAUUUGUUAGAUGUCCCGCAAAUACAAUACGAUUUUUCUGCUCUUCUUUUUUUAUACACGAUAUAAUCUAAGUGCUUUAAUUUAAGUUGAAGCUUAAAAUCAUGAAGUAAAGUUGGUUUGAUUUGUAAACUCAAAAUGAUAAGUCGUUUGGUGUAUUGAACAAACGCAUAUAAUAGAAACAGUAACAGAGAAACAUGUAUCAACUACGUAAACCUUUAAUUGUUAACCUUAAUCUUAAUUCAAAUUAUCCUUUGAUAAACCAAUUUAAUUUUUUGCAUAAAAAAGCACACACACAUUUCAUUUUCUUAUAAUUUAGUUAAUUGAAGAAUUCGUUCGUGAGAGUUGACACGAAACCGAUAUUGAAACAAAAAAAAAAUUAAUAAUAAAUGCCUUUUGCUAUUAAGCAGAAACCAAAAA